CUUUGGACCAAAGUUUCUAUUUAAUUUUUUCAGUUUUUGUCUUUUGAUUUGAAACUAGCAAAAAAAAAUGGCUCGAGUAUUGGUCGGUGUGAAGCGUGUAAUUGACUACGCCGUUAAAGUUCGCGUUAAGCCAGACAAGUCUGGAGUUGUUACAGAGGGUGUAAAGCAUUCGAUGAAUCCAUUCGAUGAGAUCGCAGUCGAAGAGGCAGUAAAGAUGAAGGAGAAGAAACUAGCCUCCGAAGUGAUUGCUGUUUCGGUUGGUCCAACACAAUCCCAAGAGGUCAUUCGUACAGCAUUGGCCAUGGGAGCAGAUCGAGGAAUUCAUGUUGAAAUUUCCGGCAAGGACUAUGAACUCUUGCAGCCAGUUCAUAUCUCAAAAAUUCUAGCCAAGCUAGCUCAGGAUGAAAAGGCUGAGUUGGUAAUUCUUGGCAAACAAGCCAUCGAUGAUGAUAGCAACCAAACUGCUCAAAUGACUGCGGCCGUUUUGGAUUGGCCACAAGGGACUUUCUGCAAUAAAAUUGAAAAAACUGAUGCUGGUCUAACCAUUAGUCGUGAGAUCGAUGGUGGUCUUGAGACUAUCAAAACCAAAAUACCAGCAGUACUCAGUGCAGAUUUACGUCUCAAUACCCCACGCUAUGCCACACUCCCAAAUAUUAUGAAAGCCAAAAAGAAACCAAUCAAGAAGACAACUCCCAAGGAUUUGGGUGUCGACACCACUCCGAGGAUUGAGAUCAUUUCAGUUGAAGAUCCUCCAGUGCGUCAAGCUGGUUCGGUAGUUCCUGAUGUUGACAGUCUCGUUGCCAAGUUGAAGGAGGGAGGUUUUGUUAAGUAAACAGCAAUAAGAACAAAGAAAAUAAAACUCUUGUUAAGAAGAAAGAUUUUUUUCACAAUUUAUUAAUCGUCAGUUUUUAUUUUUAAUAAUUGGAAAUAAAUGCAUUUAUAAUUAUAUACACCCAA